AUGGAAGCACCUCUCCUCCCUCGCUACUCUUCUCAAAUUGAGCAAGGAUGUUGUGACCCUCCUUCGCUGUCAAAACGAGACAUCGUGGAUCUAUCAAUCCUCAACAUCACAAGUCUUUCCUUUCAAGACAUCUAUUAUGCUGCAGAUAUCAUCACAGUCAUGCAACACUCGCAAUUUCCCUCGCUGAAAGAGUUCGAGUUUAGAGCCAAAUGUAUCUCUCCAGAAGAAGCCAAGCAACUCUUUCAUGCUCUGUCCCGCUGCAAAGCGUGUCAGACUCUAGAGGAAAUCACCAUUUAUUCUCUUAAUGACGGAUACCGUGUACCCCCAAACAGCGAGCCUUUGACACCAAUUCCGCAUUUCCUUUGCUUUACGCAGCUCCGACCCCUGAGGCUCACAUUUUAUAAUUCCUGCAUCUACCUGGAUAAUGACAUGCUCUUGCAAGCCAUGUCCACUUGGCCGCACAUCCGCACUUUGGAAAUCAAUGACUCAGGCGACUAUGCUUCUUCUUCUGAAGUCUCCCUCCGUGGAUUAUUCACAGCGCUCGGUCUAUGUCCAUGAUUGCAUACACUACGAGUUCCAAUCAAUCUUGUAACUAUCGACAUCGAUCCUGAUGCUGAGCCAAUACAACAUACCUCCCUACGAUCAUUGGAUCUAGACUUAUCCGAGUCUCAAACAACAGAUGCUGAAACUAUCGCUCGCAUUAUUUCUGCCUGGCUCCCUUGUGUCGACCAAGUUACAAAUGUAUAUGGUUUGAGCUGGGUUGAAGUCAACAGGUAUCUUAGAUCUUUGAGAAUGGCUACUGCGCCAGAUGUUGUGGGAGCCUCCUAGAAUAAUUGAGUUUGGAAUAUCUUCACAUCUGGGAAUGUUGUUACAUACCUUUGAGCUCUUUCGUUC